UUGUUGCAUGUAAAAUUAGAGAGUGCUCGAGCUUUCUAGUUUCAACUUUCAACCAUAUCUUAUUAGCUAGUAGUACUUUGCAUUUCCCAAAACCCCAACCAUGGCCGACAAUCAAAACCCUAAAAACUCUCCUCCUCCUCGUUCCUCUUCAGAUUCUAGGGUUUCAACCGAACCCAAUCACAACGGAACCGAUACCACCUCCGCCGCCGCACAGAAACACCACUACCCGAACCCCCCGGAAAUCGGGUACCACGGAAGUAGCAGCAACGGCCACAAGCACCACCACUACCCGAACCCGCCCGACCCGAUCAACCCGGACGCGGCGACCCUGAGGGAGCAGUGGAGGUACGCCACGAGGCAGUACAGCCGUUGGUACUCGCAGGCGUGGGGAUCCGCCAUACUCGCGGGUAUGGCCUUCUUCGCCCUCGGUUGGAUCGUCAAGGGCUCCAAUCCUCUGCCCUCGUUUGGGAACAACAACAACAACGACGGAGAGAAACGAGCACAAGAACAAAAACCACAACAGCAGCAGGAGGAAGGGCAUGAUGUUCCGUGCCCACCUGUGCCUGCGACUCUUACGUCUAACCCUCGCAACGCGGUCGAUAUGCCGAAAUCGUGAACCCUACUGAAUUGCUGAUACCAGACAUAGAAGAGACACCAUACGAAAGCCACGUCUCCAAGAAGCAGUUUCCCUUUAACGUAAUGACUUGUUUCAUACACAAGUAAAUGCAAUUUUGGAAGUCCCCUACAUAACCUUUCACGGAUGUAUAGUAUAUGUAAAGCUUGAAAAUUACUUUUCGACCAUUUUACUUUGUUUACAGUGGCAGUUGCUCUUAUCAUGUUUUUUAUUUUAUUUUAUUUUAUUUUAUCAUGGUUGCUCUUAUCAUGUUGAUAAAGACAACCUUUAUCCAGUCAACUUUUUAGUUAUCAAGCGUUCAAGUUUGUCGCAUGCUACGAGUCUCCCUGCAAUGGCUUUGUGGAGGAAGAACACAGAAAGGAAAAAGUAUUCAAGAGAGAAAUGCAGAAUUUAUCCUCUUGUUUC